AAAUCUUUGAUGUGCUGCAUAUUAAACUUAGAAUAUGUUUUGUGUUAGUCUUUGUAAAAUGUGAAGUAUUAAAUUUAUUUAUUUUCAUGUGAACAAAUUAACCUAAAUAGGUGAAAUGUAUUUAAAUGCAGGGGUUGGAGAUUGAAGGGGAGUUGCCUGAGAAAAAGACUUGUUAUGAAGGAGUAUUUUAUAAUUACUUUAGCAUAGGAAUGGAUGCUCAGGUGGCUUACGGCUUUCAUCAUUUACGUAAUGAGAAACCUUACCUGGCACAAGGACCAAUUUCUAAUAAGCUGAUCUAUUCUGGUUAUAGUUGCGGUCAAGGUUGGUUCUUUACACCUUUUACAAGUGAUCCACAAUUAAGGGGACUAACAAAUAUUUUAAGGCUGCAUGUCAAAAAGGUCAAUUGCUCAGAAUGGGAGCAAAUUACUGUUCCGUCAAGUGUAAGAGCUAUUGUUGCUUUAAAUCUUCAUAACUAUGGAAGUGGAGUUUUCUCUUCGUUCGUUUAG